AAGAAAAAAGAAGGUCCAUAUUCUAUUAAUAUAAUAAUUCACAAAAAAUAUCAAACGAAAUGAAAAGAAAAAUAAGAUCGACGUUCUCAUAGCCGACGAUAAAUCGAAUAACUCGCGCUAACUUUCUCGCGAUCUUGGUCGUCGUCUCUGACGAAAUUGACAUUGAUCCAGUCUCGUGGAUCCCUGAGAAAGAAGGGCGGAAAAGAAGAGGAGUGGAAAAGAAGAGAUCGUUUGACAUUGGUCGUUUGCGAUGGUAGUUGGAUGGUCGUAUUGCGCCAUCGCAAUGAUGAGACGAAGAUACUUACGUACAACAUACUUACUUACUUACAUAUAGUCUACGUAGAAAUUUUUUCGCGUCUCAUACGAAACAAGAGAGUCGAGGAUGAGUGCGCAGGUGAGACGACGCCGACCGGGUGAUUUAAAAGCUGUCACAUGCAACAUCUGCCAAUGCAAACGCACCACUCAAGGCUACCGAUCCCCACUUACAGCCAUGCUUCAUUAGUUAUAAUUUAGUAUAAAACGGCAAAACUUCGACGACACCUUUAAUACCUUUUCACACCUGGCAUAAGUACGUAAACACUGCGUCAAAGUCCGUGCCCUACGUGUAACGCAUUGAAUUCACGCAUACCAGACGUAUAUCGCGCAAAUUUAUUAUAUACGUUCGAUCGAGAUUUUAAUCAGAAAUAAUUAUGAAUUGUCACGUGAAAAUACCAUACAAAAUCAUGCUCCUGUUAUGUCUACAUUUUUGCGUUUACGCCCUCCCACGCGCGGUGUUGCAAAAAGAUAAAAGCACUUUAUCUACUACGGCGAAUGUUCAGAUGCACGUCGAUGGAAGAAAUACCGGCUUUAGUGGUCCCUCGAUAAUAGACGAUAUGUCUUACAUCGAUUAUGAUCCAUCGAAUAAAAUCCCAUCAAAAAGACCGAACGUUUGCAACGAUUGUGUUUGCGGGAUCGGUAGAAAGACAAGAAUAGUAGGUGGAAACGAAACCAGUGUUUUUGAAUAUCCUUGGUUGGUCAGUAUGAGCAAACAGGGUGUAUUCUAUUGCGCUGGAAGUUUGAUAACACGAAGGCACAUUUUAACAGCUGCUCAUUGCUUGGAAGGAUUCGAGACGAAGAGUAUCAAACUAGUGAUAGCUGAUAGUGACCGAAUGAAGCUCGCAUCUACUGCCAUAGUUCGUCGCAUAAAAUCCGUAACUAUUCACGAAGAAUUCCAUACGUAUAAUUUUAACAAUGACAUUGCUCUUAUAGAAAUGGAUAGACCAGUUUCGUUAGAUAGUAUCAUUCGUACGGCUUGUUUACCUGAGGACAAAGCCAUAGAUUAUACCGGUGCCAUGGCUACGGUGGUUGGCUGGGGACGUACUGGUGAAAAUAAACCGGUUAGCGAUGAAUUACGUAAAGUUAAUGUUCCGAUCUUGUCUCAGGAAGAAUGUGAUCAAGCUGGAUAUCAAAAGAAUCGUCUUACCGACAAUAUGUUCUGCGCUGGAUAUCUCGAUGGAAAACGCGACGCAUGUUUCGGUGACAGUGGAGGUCCUCUUCACGUCAAAGGAUCUUAUGGCCAUUUGGAAGUAAUCGGUAUAAUAUCUUGGGGUCGUGGUUGCGCGAGGCCAAAUUUUCCUGGAAUAUAUACAAAAUUAAACAAUUACAUGGAAACGUUUAAAUGGACAGCUCGAGUUAUACAAGAGCUUGUCGUUCGUCUGAUCUCAAAAAUACAAAAGUCAAUGUUAGAAAACGUGAAGACAUUGAAGAACGUAAAAUUCCUUAGUAUUAUUAUUUUAUAUAUAUUAAGUAACGCUAAUGUAACUAUAAAAAUCUAUGAAACCAUCGAACCGUUACCAAGAACGCAAGAUUCUUCCGAAUCGAGAAUUGUCAAUGUCUACGAUGCAGUAUCGAACGUAUAUUUCAAAGAAUAUCUUGUGCUACGAAAGAUGAACUUCCGUUUGUUGAAGUUCAAGAUCUUUAUCCUCUUUCUCGUUAUGUUAAAGGAAGUAUACGCUAAAAGUUUUGACCUUGAAUCUUCGACGUUGAAUAAAACCCAACCUAAUAAUCGUACUGGAAAAUUUCUGUUCGAUGAAUUAUUUGGCAUCGAUAUCACUGGUGGUGCCGAUGACGAUGAAAAGCUUCGAAAUUGUACAUGCGGUUUUAUAUCAGAAUGUGGUAUAACUAAUAAAGAAAAUCGUAUCGUUGGUGGACGACCAACGAUACCAAACAGAUAUCCAUGGAUCGCUCGUUUGGUUUACGAUGGACGCUUUCAUUGCGGCGCCAGUCUAAUUAAUAAUGAUUAUGUCAUUACAGCUGCUCAUUGUGUUCGAAAUUUGAAACGAUCGAAAAUUCGUGUUGUACUCGGUGACUAUGAUCAAUAUGUGAAUACCGAUGGUGUUGCUAUAAUGAGAGCAGUUAGUUCCGUGAUACGUCAUCGAAAUUUUGACAUAAAUUCUUAUAAUCAUGAUGUGGCUCUAUUAAAGCUUCGUAAGCCCGUCAAAUUUUCCAAAACUGUUAGACCUGUUUGUCUACCACAAGCUGAAUCUGAUCCUGCUGGCAAAGAAGGUACUGUCAUUGGAUGGGGACGUACAUCAGAAGGAGGUAUGUUGCCAGGAAAGGUUCAUGAAGUACAAGUACCUGUAUGGAGUUUGACACAGUGUCGGAAAAUGAAAUACCGUGCAAAUAGAAUCACUAAUAACAUGAUUUGCGCUGGCAAAGGUACUCAGGAUUCUUGCCAAGGUGACAGUGGUGGACCUCUUCUUGUACAUGAGGGUGACAGAUUGGAAAUAGCAGGUAUAGUUUCCUGGGGCGUUGGUUGUGGUAGACCUGGAUAUCCUGGAGUUUAUACUAGAGUUACUAGAUACUUGAAAUGGAUCAACACAAAUAUAAAAGAAGGAUGUCUGUGUAUUAAUUAAUAUUCUACCUCGAUUUUAUUAUGACUGAAUAUUUAAAAGCUUUCAUUUUGACGAAAUAGAAACGAUACUUAAGCAAAGAAAUUUUAAAGAUGAUAGAAUGACACAAUUUUAUCUGCCGUACGUUGAAAUACAAACGAUUUCAAAAGUUUCUCUGUGAGGGACUUCACACGCAUGUAUUUAUUACGUUAGAAUCGUACGGUACAAUGGUCAAACGUUCGUGGAAUAAUA